GAGCAUUUUUCAUCAUUUAAGCACACCAAGGAGGGGAAGAGUGAGAGAGGUGCGGUGGAGAGAGACAGCCUCUUAGAGCCGUGAGGCAGAAGUGAUGGAUUCAGCCUUCGGAAAAGUGACAGUCUUCUCCCAACCAGCCACGGGCAGUACACAUCCUGCCCCGGACUCUCACCAUUUGGCAGGAAAGUAAGCUCCAACAUCCAUCUAAAGGUACCCAUUGUCUUUUUCUCAGAGUGCACACUUUUCAAGAGGAUCUCUGAACUGUUUACUCAAUGUUUGCCAAAGAGUGUCUGGGAGGUUGGGCAACUGCUGAGCAAGUGGCAGCCUUUUAAUGACAAAGUUCUCCACUGUUGGAAUGGACUGAGGUGAUCAUUUCAGAGAGACUGGACGAGGAGAGAGAAGAUACAUAAGUGAAACUUUCUGACUUGGGAUGAAUUCCUACCAAGGCAAUCUCCGAAGAGCUCUGGCAGAAGGGCAAAGCCACUGAGAACCUCCUCAACACUGUGCAGUUGUCUUGUAAGCAUUUAUUAAUCUUAGUUUUGGUGAGUUGGACAAUAACACAUGGAGCCCCCUUCAAUGGUCCUGCUGGGGGUCAUUCUGGUUUACGGACUAAGUUGGGGCGUCCAGCAGACACAGGCAAGUCUGUCGGACAAUAGCCAAGACAAGCAUAAGACCCAGGAAUUUGGGAGCAGUGAGGAUGAUUUGGAAGGAGAGUUUUUGUAUGCCGGCAGGAGCAAACGUGCUCCAGCUGAACAGCCACAGGACAAGUGUUCCUAUACUUUUAUCGUGCCUCAGCAAAAGGUGACCGGAGCCAUCUGCGUGAACUCCAAGGAACCCGAGGCCAUGUUGGAGAAUCGGGUCCACAAGCAAGAGUUAGAGCUGCUGAACGUGGAGCUCCAGAAACAGAAAAGGCAGAUCGAAACCCUACAGCAGCUGGUGGAGGUGGACGGAGGUAUCGUCAACGAGGUCAAGCUUCUAAGAAAGGAAAGUAGAAAUAUGAACUCCAGAGUGACUCAGCUGUACAUGCAGCUCCUCCAUGAGAUCAUCAGGAAGAGAGACAAUGCUCUGGAAUUAGCCCAAAUGGAGAACCGGAUCCUGAACCAAACCUCAGAGAUGCAGCAGCUCACCAGUCGAUACAAAGAUCUCGAGCACAAGUACCACCACUUGGCUUCCCUUGCCACAAACCAGUCAGCUAUAAUUGCCAUGCUGGAGGAGCAGUGCCAGAGCCGACACCCUCCCCGUUACAUUCCUGCCUCGCAGCCACGACCUCAACCUCCUCCACCACCAUCUCCACCUCUCAACAAGCCUUACCAGCCACCUUACCAGCCACCUCUCCUUCCACGCAUAAACAAUCCAAUCAGCAAUGAGAUCCAGAGCGACCAAAAGUCUCUUCCGCCCCUUCCUACAAUGCCCGUUGGUACACACAGCCCAUCUACCACUGACAAACCAUCUGGUCCAUUCAGAGAUUGCCUGCAGGCGCUCGAAGACGGCCACACUUCCAGCGGCAUGUACCUGGUGAAGCCAGAAAACGCCAACCGCCUCAUGCAGGUGUGGUGUGAUCAGAGACAGGACCCGGGCGGCUGGACGGUCAUCCAGAGAAGGCUGGACGGCUCCGUCAACUUUUUCAGGAACUGGGAGACGUACAAGCAAGGAUUUGGCAACAUAGACGGCGAGUACUGGCUCGGUCUGGAAAACAUCUACUGGCUGACGAACCAGGGAACCUACAAGCUGCUCAUCACGCUGGAGGACUGGUCUGGGAGGAAAGUGUUUGCAGAGUACGCCAGCUUCAGAGUGGAGCCGGAAGCUGACUUCUACAGGCUCAGAGUGGGCCGGUAUCAUGGAAACGCCGGUGACUCCCUCACCUGGCACAACGGCAAACAGUUCACAACGCUGGACAGAGACCACGACGUGUACACAGGAAAUUGUGCUCACUAUCAGAAGGGAGGGUGGUGGUACAACUCUUGCGCACAUUCAAAUCUGAACGGUGUUUGGUACAGAGGAGGACACUACCGCAGCCGCUACCAAGAUGGAGUCUACUGGGCAGAGUUCAGGGGAGGAGCCUACUCACUAAAGAAAGUAGUCAUGAUGAUCCGUCCGAACCCGAACACCUUCCAUUAGGGACACACCUGGAACGGUGUUUUCCAUCACACAGAACUCCUCGGCAUCAUUUCCACCAGACCAAGUCAGACCACAAAAAAAAACAAAAAAACAUGAUCCUGAAAGUGCAAUAUU